CACUUGAAUAUCCAUUCAUCGUUCGUUGAGGGUCAGUCAUCGAUAUCACUUGCUUAUUGAUCGCACAAUCAUGUCUGGACUACUCACAACUGGGUUUUGUGAACUCAUACAUACCAGCGCAUCAGAUCCUAAAGAUGUCAUCCCAAUCGUCCAGAUUCUCAACAUCAAAAAAAUCAGUGGUCAAGGUCAAGACAAGGACAGAUAUCGUGUGAUCAUAUCCGAUGGCAAAUACUUCACCCAGGGAAUGCUAGCGACGCAGAACAAUCCCCUCGUCGAGUCAAAGCAGAUUGACAAAAACACUGUCGUCAAGCUCACUCAAUUUGCGUCUAACUCUGUCCAAGGUAGAAAACUCAUCAUCAUUCUCGCUCUGGAACCCGUAGAAUACAACGGCGAUAAGAUUGGUAACCCUACAAAUUUGGAAAAGGCCGAGAUCAGCUCUGCAACGCAUACCAACGGAGGUGCACCACCUCCAAAUGGCGCUUCUGGAGGGGCUUCAGCUCCUCUGAGGGCUGCUCCAAGUCGAGCCGCGCAGGGUGGAAGGGACGUUGGACCCCUGUUCCCCAUUGAGCGAUUAAGUCCGUACCAGAACAAGUGGACUAUCAAAGCUCGAGUUACUGCAAAAUCAGAGAUCAAACAUUGGUCCAACCAGAGGGGAGAUGGAAAGCUGUUCAAUGUCACCUUCAUGGAUGAGACGGGAGAGAUUCGAGCGACAGGCUUCAAUGAGACCGUCGACACAUUCUACGAGAUGCUGCAGGAGGGCAAGGUGUACUUUGUAUCCCGCGCCAGAGUCAACAUCGCAAAGAAGCAGUUCAACAAUGUCAAUAAUGACUAUGAGAUCGCUUUCGAAAGAGACACCGAGAUUGAGGCUUGUGAUGACGAGUCGGUUCCGAAAAUGAAGUACAAUUUCACUAGCAUAGGUGAUCUAGAAAGUCUUCAGAAGGACGAGAUGUGCGAUGUCAUCGGCAUCGUCAAGGAGGUCCACGAGCUUGGCUCGGUCACUUCCAAAGCAACCAACAAACCAUUCGCCAAACGAGACAUUCAACUUGUUGAUCAAUCUGGUCAAUCUGUCCGUCUAACAUUGUGGGGAAAACAAGCGGAGAACUUUGAGCACAAGGAUGAACCCGUCAUUGCCUUCAAGGGCGUAAAAGUCGGAGAUUUUGGAGGUCGAUCACUGUCCAUGUUCUCAUCAGCUACCAUGUCUUUGGAACCCGAUAUCCCAGAAGCUCAUCAAUUGCGCGGAUGGUUUGAGGCGGAAGGACGCAAUAAACAGUUCACUGCUUACACCAACACCAACGUCACACGGACAGAGAACGCCGUAGCCAACCCGUCCGAGUUGAAGACCAUCGGCCAAGUCAAGGACGAACAACUAGGCAUGAACGACAAGACAGAGUACUUUUCGACCUCGGCAACUGUUGCAUUCAUUAAGCAAGAGACAUUUGCGUAUCCCGCUUGUGCCAAUCCUGAUGGCUGCAACAAGAAGGUGAUGGACAGUGGAUCAGGAUGGGUGUGUGAGAAAUGCGAAAGGACGUGGGAGAACCCGAUCUGGAGAUACAUCCUCCAGAUGAAUAUCAUGGAUCACGUUGGGAGUAUCUGGAUCACCGGGUUCAACGAGGUCGCUGAGCAAAUCAUGGGUAUCCCAGCAAAUGAUCUCACGGGCCUGAAGGAAGGAGGAGACGAGUCCAAAUUCGGCUCCUAUUUCCAAAAAGCUGUUGGUCAGACAUUUACUUUCCAGAUGAUGGCCAAGCAGGACUCCUUCAACGACCAACCGCGAGUACGAUAUCAAUGCCGUCGAGUCUCAGAACCGGACUUUGUCUCCGAGUCGGCUCGGCUUGUACAGCAGAUCAAUCUCAUGGGCUAGAGCUCAGUGGUUAAUGACUUCGAAAACCGGAGGCUGGCGCCUGUAGGGACCUGCUAUUGUACAGAUAUACUAUGUAUAGGUGUUCGCAAGAG